CACAUGACGCACUGACGACACAGGGUCCUUAAGCUGGAUGUGGACGCGCACCGCGGUGCAUUAUGGGGUUGCGGUGACGUGUUCCCUUGCCGGAGCCUGGAAUGGCAGAUGCAGGUAGACGGUCACAGCUGGCUUCGGCCAAGAAAAAGUUGAAGGCGUUUCAGCAGAAGGCCUCUUCCCCCGUCAACAAUGAGAACAAGAAAAAGAAGAAAACAAAAGAAGGGGACGGUGACCCUCAAAUCCAGACCCGCAUGUCUCCGGACCCCAUUCAGAGCUUACUGAAGGGACUGGUGUCAGAUCUUCAUAGAUCCAAUGGGGUGUCCUUCCCUUCAUUGGGCACCAUGAAGGAGAUCUUGGAGAGCGAAGAUGAAACGUCCCCAGACGAUAACUCCGCGGGGUCUCGGGUUCCUGUCGCACCCUUUUCGGAUAACCCGCUGUCCGAGAAUGACCACGAUGGUGUGAAGAAGUCUUCUGCUGAGUACGGAUCUCCCUCAUCGACAGACAGUCUGCGGCAACUAUCAGAGCAACUGAACGGGAUGGUGUCCCAGAACAGCUCCUAUGUCAAUGGAGAAAACAUUAAGCCCAACAACCUCCCUGAAGUCGAAUCCCGUUUCCAGGAGCUCGCGGCAGCUCUUGAGUCCAGCAGUCUUACAAACAAACAGCUCAAUGAAAAGAUAGAGGAUCUGAAGCAGCAGAACCAGAAUCUCCUGAAUCGUCUCCACCAGGAAAAGGAAGGCUUUGAUCAGACGCUCGCCAAGGAGCAAGGAGCCCUGAGGGAACAACUGCAGGUUCAUAUACAGACGAUUGGCAUUUUGGUAUCUGAAAAAUCAGAAUUGCAAACCUCCCUCUCCUUCACCCAGCAAGCGGCCCGUCAGAAAGGAGCCGAGGCCGAAGACCUCGCUAUGCGCCUGCAGAGUACCAAGAAGAGAGUGGCGGAGCUGGAACGCACCUUAUCGGGCAUCUCCCUGCACCAGAAGCAGGCGGAGAAGCUCAACAAAGAACUGGAGAAGGAACGCGACAAUCUUCGCCUCGAGUCUUUGAAAAACAGCAAAAGCGGCGAAGAACUAAAGCAGCAGAACUCGGAGCUGACGGAGAAGCUGAACGCUCUGCUCUCGGAGAACACGGACAUGAAGCAGCAGGCCGAGGAGCUGCACAAGAAGCUGGAGAUGGCAGAACUCACUGUCCAGAUGCUCUCGAGUCAGGUGGGAACCCCAGACUCACAACAGCAGUUCCAGAUGGUGAUGGAGGAGAGAAAUUAUCUGCAAGCACAACUAACGCAGGUGACCGGGGCUCUUGAACAUUUGAGGGCUGAACGAGACCAUUAUGUUAACAAGCUGAAGGAAGAAGAAGCUGUCUGGCAGGAAACAACCCAGAAAUUCACAAAGGAGAUCCAGACGCUGAGCCAAGAGAAGGAAAAUGCUCUGAUUAGGAUCGAGGCGUUGGACACACGGGUGGCAGAGCUGCUUCUGGCGUCAGCCGCUGAUACGCCGGCCAUGGAACCGGCCGGUCCCGCGGAGCCUUCCGAGGAGUUUCUGGGACUCCAGCGGGAGUGCGAGAGGUUGGCACAGGAGCUGCAGGGGCUGGAGAAUAAAUACCGGGCUCAGGUUCAGGACAACAGCCACUUGAGUCUGCUCAACCAUCAGCAGGAGGAGCGCUUGCAGGAGCUGGAGAAGGUGCUGGAGCGCCACUCUGAAGAGGACAAAGAGAAGCAGCAGAUCCUGGAAAACAUGCAGAAUGACAAAACCACCAUCAGCCGCGCGCUCACGCAGAACAAGCAGCUGAAAGAGCAAAUUGCAGAACUCCAGAUGGCGUUUGUUAAGCUGACAAACGAGAAGGCGGAACUCACAGUUCUCGUCGAUGGCUAUCGGCACGACCAUGGGAAGAAGCUGGCGGAUUUGCAGGAGAGCCUGGGUCACGUCAACGAGCAGCUGGCUGCAAAGGAGGAAGAAGUCCGUCAGCUGCAGGCGCAUCGCGAUGAGAUCUCGGCCCACUUGCAGCAGUACAGCUCGGCCUUCCAGCAGCUGUCGGCCGAGAGGCAGGAGAUCCAGAAACAGUACAUGCUGCAGCUGCAGCUCAUGGACCGACUGCAGCACGAGGAGAUGCAGCGGAAGGUCAGCGAGGAUAUGCGCCUGAAGGAGCUAGAGAAAAGCAGGGAGAAUCUUGAACUGCUUACCAAAGAGAACCAGGAGCUGAGAGAACAAGCGUUCCGGAUCCGCACCGAGCCGCCGAAGCAAGAAUUACAGCGGAUGGAAGGCGAUGCGGUGGACGGUGACGCUUAUGAAGAUAAAACAUCCGAGACUUCACUGGUUAUUCCGGAAGAUUUCGAGAGCAGAGAAGAAAUGGUGGCCUUUUUGAACGCGGCUAUCGCAAAGUUACAAGGUGAGCGGGACGAGACGGCGAGACAUCUAUCGGAACUGAAGAACUACUGCCAUGAUCUCCUCCUGCAGGUCUCUAACCUCCAGCAGCAGCAGAUGACGGGCGCUUCCCGAGAUGUCACCUUGGAGAAUGUGCCCAAAGAGGUGUACGACGCCUUACAGUCUGACAUGGAUAAGCUGGCGAUCCGUUUCACAGACUUGAUGCAGGAGAAAGUGGAGCUGAAGGACCGAGUGGAGGAACUGGAGCAUCGCUGCGUCCAGUUGUCAGGCGAGACCGAUACCAUUGGAGAAUACAUUGCACUUUACCAAAGUCAGAGGGCUAUCCUCAAGCAACGUCACCAAGAAAAGGAGGAUUAUGUCAGCCGACUUGCCCAAGAGAAAGAGGAAAUGAAGGCCAAGCUCUUAGAACUGCAGGUUCUGGUCACGAGGCUGGUGACAGAAAGAAACGAGUGGCACGGGAAAUACGUGGAUGCAACAAAAACUCUGAUGGAAUUCGGAGAAGUGGAGUUGCCGGCUAAUGCGGAGACACCCGGAAUAGGUGAUGCCGAUAUUCAAGGUUUUGAAAAUGUUGAUUUGGAGAAUCCAGACAAGGGGCCACCCGAGACGGGAUCUCCUUCACCUUCCUACCAAGGAGCGAACCCAGUCUCUGGCUCUGAAGACCCGACGGCCAAGCAGAUCAUGCAGCUCCUGCAUGAAAUCCAGAACUCCCAGAAACAAUCAAGUUCUCUGCUGCAGAGUACAUGCAUCCCCUUCUACUACCGCAUCGACGAGCACGGCGAGAUCCAUCUAAUGGUGCUCUAAGAAGAACCCCCACGGGGCUGUCGGAUGGGUUGCGAUGGCUGGAGAUUGGAUUAGUUUACUCUACAGCUUUAACAAAUUACUUAUUUCUACCCUGGAUUAAAGAUCCAUCAUUAGCUGAGAAAAUAAAAAGGGAUAUUAAGUAUUUCAGAAACCAAUUUGCAUAGCUGCUUCCACUGAUGGAGAUGGGGAAUAC